CGGCUCAAGGACUGCCUGGGGACUGGAAACAUCAGUGAGACAGUAACUCGUGUUGUUAUUCCUCGGGAUGUUUCAAACUGAGGCGGGUGCCUGUAACCGAGGGACAGGGUGGACAGGUGCCAGCUGGAUCACAGGCCCUUCCCUCAGAGCAGUGCUCUGUUCUGGGAGCUCCGGAGCACGGGCGGGCUGGAAAACAUUCCCGAAUGUGUCUGGUGGGAAGGGCUGGCUCUGCAGGGGCCACCCCACCAGUGGCUGAGGGCUUGUUCAGCCUGGAGGGGGCCGAGGUCAGGGCUCACCGGGCUGCGGCUCCUGCUGAGGGCAGCUCCGGGCUCUGCUCCCCGUGGCCAGGGACAGCACCCAGGGAAGGGCUGGAGCUGGGUCUGGAGGGGUUUAGGCUGGAUUUCAGGGAAAGGUUCAUCCCCAGAGGUGCUGGCACUGCCCAGGCUCCCCAGGGAAUGGGCACAGCCCUACAGAGAUCCAGGAGUGUUUGGAGAGCGCUCCAGGGAUACUCAGGGUGGGAUUGUUGGGGGUCUGUGCAGGGCCAGGGGCAGGACUGUAUGAUCCUUGUGGGGCCCUUCCAGCUCGGGAAGUUCUCUGAAUUAGGAGUGACUUGAUAAAACGCUUCAUGUACUGGAAUACCCACAUCCUUUGCUUUGGUUCCCUUUGUUUGGACCCUUACGAGGUCCAAACGCCCCCGGGCGGUGCUGAGGCGGCUCCGGGAGCAGUUCCGGGGCAGCCUCGAUGCUGAGGCGGUUCCCCGGGAGCGGUUCCGGGGCCAUGUCCGGUGUCACUGCCGCUUCCUCGGCGGGCGAUUCGAAGGCGAUGCUGGGGACCGGUGCCUCGGCGGACGGGCCGGACCCGCUGUCGCUGUGCCCGGCGCUGGAGCAGUCGCUGUCGCUGCUGGAGUCGGGCGCCAGCCAGGCGGAGCGGGAGCGGGAUGAGGUGCCCAUGCCCAUGGUGUUCCUGUGCGCCGGCUGCCGGCGGCCCGUGGGCGACACGUCCAGCUGGGUGUCCAACGACGAGGCGAGCGGCUGCAUCCUGCUGCGCAGUGUGGCCGCCAGCGUCGCCGUGGACCCGGAGCGGAAGAUUUCCAACCUGCCCGGCGAGUGCGGAUGCUUAGUAGAAACCUUAUUCUGCUCUGGCUGCUCAAAGACCCUCGGCAGCAUCUACAGGUGCACCUCAAGGAGCCUGGACUUCAAGAGAGAUUUGUUCUGUUUCACUAUUGACUCCAUUGAAAGCUAUAUCCUAGGGACCCCAGGAAAGCAAGCUGUCAUCCAUGAGCAACCACUCAUUCUGGAACGUCAAGCUGUCUUGGAAGAGGUGCUGGAAAGGGUGGACAUGCUGCUCAAGGCUCUGGAGACAAGGCUGGGCACGGUGGAGUCGCGUGUGGCUGCCCUGCGCAGGCAGGUCUGACAGGAGCUGCAGGAGCAGGGCACAGGGGAUCCCUGCCAUCCCCUGGGAUCCCAGCACAGGCUGUGGAAGAGCUGGGAGCGUGGGUGCCCUGUGCAGGGGGGAGCAGGGCCGACCGAGGCUGUGUCCCAGCCCAGGAGCUCCUCUUGUGUCCCUCAAGAGCAAACCCCAGGGAUUUUUUUCUUAAUAAACACUUCUGAUCAGACAA